GCCGCCUUCUCGGGCUGGUGUGUCCACCACGUCCUGGAGGAGGUCCAGCAGGUCCGGCUCAGCCACCAGGACAUCUCCCGGCAGCGGGAGGAGCUGGGCCAAGGCUUGCAGGGCGUCGAGCAGAAGGUACAGUCCCUGCAAGCCAUGGUUGGGGCUUUCGAGUCGGCCCUGCGGAGCGCCCAACACAAGCAGGAGCUCACGGAGAAGGCCGUGCAGCAGGGCGAGGGCGAGGUGAGCCGCCUCGCCGAGGCCCUGCAGAAGCUCCAGGACGAGAUCCUCAGGGACCUCUCAGACGGCAUCCACGUGGUGAAGGACGCCCGGGAGCGGGACUUCACCUCCCUGGAGAACACGGUGGAGGAGCGGCUGACGGAGCUCACCAAGUCCAUCAACGACAACAUCGCCAUCUUCACCGAGGUCCAGAAGCGGAGCCAGCAGGAGAUCAACGAGGUGAAGGCCACGGUGGCCUCCCUGCAGGAGCCCGAAGCCCACCGGCAGGACUUGAGGGCCCUGAAGGAUGCCGUGAAGGACAUCCAGAGCACGGUGAAGUCCAAGGAGAAGGACCUGGAGGCCCUGAGAAGCGCCCUGGCCACCGUGGAGUCCGAUGUGUACACCGAGGUCAAAGAGCUGGUGAGCCUCAAGCAGGAGCAGCAGAAGUUCCAGGAGGCAGCUGACGCCGAGCGGGCCACCCUGCAGGCCCUGUCAGAGAAGUGUCUCCGCUCGGAGGAGGCCGCCGCCCGCCUCCCCGGGGAGAUCGGGAGGCUGGAGGAAGAGCUCCGGCAGCUGCGAGCCGACGCCAGCCGGCCGGGAGAGGGUGGAGCGUCCCUGGACCCUGCCGCCUUCGAGGAGCUCCAGAGGAAGAGCCAGGGCCUGGACUCCCGGCUGCGGGACGUGGAAGACGGAGUGCAGUCCGUGCAGGCGGCGUGCACGCGGCAGACGGAGGGCCUGGAAGGCCUCCUGUCACAGAGCGAGGAGCAGGAGCGGCGCCUGGGUGCCCUGCAGGAGCGCGUGGCCGGCCUGGGCCCCUCCCUGGAGGCAGCCGGGGACGACGUGGCCAGCACUGUGAGGAGCCUGGGGGAGGCCCAGCUCUCGCUGGGCGCCGACGUGGAGGAGCUGAAGAGGCGCCUGGGCGAGCUCCCCAGCACGGUGCAGGAGCAGGUCCACACGCUGCUCGGCCAGGACCAGGGCCACCUGGCCAAGCUGUCCAAUGUGGACACCCUGCAGUCAUCCGUGAGCCAGGUGCAGUCGGACCUGAAGAUGCUCAGGACUGCUGUGGACAGCUUGGUGGCCUACUCCGUCAAAAUCGAAACCAACGAGAACAACCUGGAGUCGGCCAAGGUCCUGCUGGAGGACCUGAGGAACGACCUGGACCGGCUGUUUGUCAAAGUCGAGAGGAUCCACGAGAAUGUCUAAAGGCACUUGCGGGGUGCGCUUGGCUGGCCCCAACUCCUCAUGACCAAAACCAAAACAGUCUGGUUUCCUCCCACCGUCUCUCACACGACCCCUUGCCCCGCCACCUCCACUGUGCCCACCUCCCCACCCCUGCACCUCAUCCUUUCUCCCCGAAAAGAGCAGCUUAGAACCCGCUGGAACACCAGGGCGUCGUGACUGGUCCUUGACCACAGUCGCAGCCUCCCCCCACACCAGGGUGCCCUGCUGCUGCCCACAGGGCCAUCUCUAGGAUGAGAGCAGAAGAGGGAUGAAGGAUGCCCUUCUCCUGCGGGUUCACCUCAAAAACACUGCUUGGUGGCAGGGCCAACGUGUUCUUCUCUCUUUGUUUUAAAAGGAGAGAACAUGGAAGUACUCUUAUUUUUCAUUGCUUUUAAGGAAAAUUGGUUGCAUUUGAUUUUUGAAACUAACUCUGGCCCAAGUUUUCCUGAGCUGCCACUCCUUGUCUUCCAUUGAAGCUGGCUCCAUCCCGUAGACAUCAGCUCUGAACUGGGGGUUGAGUGGAGGGAGGUGGGGGCCCCUCGGUGCCUCGUGUGACAGGGUCAGCCAUUGGUCCCGCAGCCGCUAGUCAACAGUGGUCACUGCGGAGAACCCGGGGCCCCUCGCCACCUCCCGAGGUCAGCUCCGUGGGCUCCUUCAGGGAAGUAGGAGCGCUGUCCACAAAGGAACUGGCGUCCCCCUGGGGGAUCAGAGGCCAAUAUCUAGUUUUCUCUUGGCCUGCGACGUCUGCGUAGAGGUUUGCCGUCUGAGCAGACGCACCCCCCUCCCGCUUCCCCCUAUGUACCAGUAAGGAAGUGUGCACUCUGUCCUGGCCCUGUUGGCUGUAACACCCCACUCCCACCCCACCCCAUCUUCCCCUUUGGGCUGUACUGGUCUUUGAUGGUUUUCUCACCUUUCAAAAAAAAAAACCCAAGGAGGAAAAAAAAUUUGUUUAGUUUACUGUGAAAUGAACUGUAUGGCUUAUUUACAGUAUUUUUAAUUCUUAAUAAACAUGAGCUUUGUUA